CGGGAAUUGCCCAGGAUUUUUUCUUCUCCUUUGGAUAUGCUUCAUCUUCUUUAACAAAUGUUGAAGGGUUUUUGAAGAUGUUCUGGGUUCGUGAAAUAUACAGAUUUCAAGGUUUGAGAUAAGUAGCUAGGAACUGAACAAAUUUCAAACACACAAGAGCAGAAGAAAUUCAGCUCCUAUUCCAGGGAAGUUGAUUCUGAUCACGAUGGAUCUAAAGGGUAUAACUUGGGUGGGCAAUGUGUACCAGAAGUUUGAGGCUAUGUGCUUGGAGGUGGAAGAAGUUAUGUACCAGGAUACAGUUCAAUAUGUUGAGAAUCAGGUGCAGACUGUUGGUGCUAGUGUCAAAAAGUUCUACUCUGAGGUCAUGCAAGAUGUGAUGUAUGAUUUUCUUCCCCCGUGUUCAAUGGAUCCUGUGAAAGCAGUCUCAGCUUCUGACUUGCCUAUGGAGAAACAUGCUGGGAAAUAUAAAAAGGCACGUAUAGGUUUGAAGGAAGACAAUUUUAAAGUUGAUUGUAAGCAACAGACAGAGUAUUCAGACAUAACUGCUGAUGUGACGGAGGAUACCAGUCAUGAGUCAUCUUUUCAUGGGCUUCACAGUGUUGAUAAUUCAUAUGAUUCAUCACCGGCUAGAUUUGUCAAAGGAUAUUACUUGUCUUCAGUUAAGCGCAGAAAUCGAAGUGUGCAUAACAAAUCAAAUCAAGAAUGUUUGCCUAUGUCUGCCAUUUCUCCAGAAACCACUUAUUUGAAGAAAGAAUUAUGCAGGUCAUCAUUUCAUGAGAACACAAAAACAAAUCAUGGUGCAUCGCAUCACCAGAUGCCUGCAACUUCAACUGCAGUUUCUGCUGAAGCUGAUGGGUCCACCUUUAUAGAAGGAAGUCACCAUGAGAUUGAAAAUGCCAGUGAGUCCAUACCAGGUACUUCAAAUUAUGACUCACCUUUGGUUGAGUUAAUUGGAAAAAGAGAAUUGGACACGAGGUCUUCGUCCUAUUGUGGUGUAUCUGCAGAACCAAAUGGUGCAGAUGGUCUUUCAAAUGCCAGGAUGGUUUCUCUACCAGAGUCCUCAAUUGAUGGUGACAUAAAUUGCAACAAACCUUGUGAUGAAGUUGUUUUGACUUCCCAUCCAGGGGAAUUGAAAGACUGGACCAUCAAUACAAGGGAGAGCACUACCGUCCCCCAACAGGGAAUUGAAGACAUUCAACAAUUGAAUAAAAUUGAUGUUGAGGAAAGUUGCAUAAUGGUAAGUGGAAAUGAACUUCAUUUUGUUUCCGAGGAAGGCAAGCGCAGGCCGUACAAGAAAAAGAUUCGGGAUGCUAUUUCCUCAAGAAUGAGGUCAUCAAGGAAAAAGGAAUAUGAACAACUUGCUAUGUUGCAUGGGAACGAUGCAGAGUCUGAUAAGGGGAGUUUGAUGCCAACUCUUUCAAUAAACGACACUGGUAUAUCACCAAAUAACGAUCUAUUGGAGUCUGAGUGGGAGCUUCUUUAAGUUUCAGAUAAUAGCUAUGUAAAUAUUAUACCAAACGGCUUCUGCAUCUUCAGUCGCUUCUUGCUGAUGAGGACAAGGAGUAAACUAGAUGUGGAAAUGAAGUAAAUGAUAAAGUCUAGAAUAAUUUAUGGCUUAUAGUUCCCAAAUGUAAGGGAGUACACAGCAUAUUCUAUCUCUGCUGCAACGAAUUUCACAUAUGGUAAAUUCUUUAUCCUGUUAAUUCAUCAAUCUUUGUGACUACCUUUCAGCCUCCAAUUAUGGUUUAUUUAUUAUCAAGGUGUUGAUGUUCACAUCAGAUGAGAAAUUAAUGGGACUUUUAGAUUGUGGAAAAGAUGAGAAAUUAAUGCUAUUAAGAAGCUUCUUGUGCUGGCUAAGACCAUUGAUGCAUAGAACAUGCAUGAUUCCAUGUAUGAGCUUUGUGACGUUCAAGUAGGUCACUGGAGUCUUCAUUGCUGCCAUGAUUCUCUCCACAAUUUCCGUUAUGCUAUGUUUGGGAAUGUGAAUAUGAUUAAAGUGCAUUUGAAUUU